AUAAAAAAUUGGGGUAAACUUCCUUAGAAAGUUUUUCACCAAAAAUCCAUCUGACAACUAAAGCAAUUAGCCAGAUGGAACUCUGGAACUCCACAUGGGGAGGCGACUUCACACUGAUGGGGAUUCUGAGUGACAGCGAGUCUCCUGAGCUGCUCUGCGCCACCAUCACUGUCCUGUACAUGUUGGCCCUGACCAGCAACAGCCUGCUGCUCCUGGUCAUCACGGCGGACGCCCGGCUCCACGUGCCCAUGUACCUCCUGCUCGGGCAGCUCUCGCUCAUGGACCUGCUCUUCACAUCUGUUGUCACCCCCAAGACCCUGGUGGACUUUCUGCGCAGUGAAAACACCAUCUCCUUUGGGGGCUGUGCCACUCAGAUGUUUCUGGCUCUGACGCUGGGUAGUGCCGAGGACCUGCUGCUGGCCUUCAUGGCCUAUGACAGGUAUGUGGCCAUUUGUCACCCCCUGAACUACAUGGUCCUCAUGAGGCCGAGUGUGUGCUGGUUCAUGGUGGCCACAUCCUGGGUCCUGGCGUCCCUGAGUGCUCUAGGACAUACAUUAUAUACCAUGCACUUUCCUUUCUGCAAAUCCCGGAAGAUCACUCACCUGCUGUGUGAGAUCCCACCGCUACUGAAGUUGGCCUGUGCAGAUACCUCCAGAUAUGAGCUCCUGGUGUAUGUGACAGGCGUGAUAUUCCUUUUGCUCCCUCUUUCUGUCAUCAUUGCCUCUUACACACUCAUCCUCUUCACUGUGCUGCGCAUGCCCUCAAACAAGGGGAGACCGAAAGCCCUUGUCACCUGCUUGUCCCACCUGACCGUGGUUGGCAUGUUCUAUGGGGCUGCCACAUUCAUGUAUGUUCUGCCCAGUUCCCUCCACAGCCCCAAGCAGGACAAUAUCAUCUCUGUUUUCUACACUAUCGUUACCCCAGCCCUAAACCCCCUCAUCUACAGCCUGAGAAAUAAGGAGGUCAUGGGGGCCUUGAGGAGGGUUCUGGGGAAAUACUUCCUCCCGACACAGACCUGACAAAAUUACCAAGUAGAUAUGGCUGGGGACUAUGUUUCAAUUUCAUUAUUAGGCAGCAGUGAGGAAUACAGUAGUUGUAGCUGGCAAAACAAUAGCUUCUUAAUAUCAAAGGAGACCUGCUCUCCUGUGACCGAUUUCGUAGACAAUUCACAGAGAAGAACAUCGUUAGGGGGUAUAUUGGGCUUCAUGUUUAUUAGGCAAAUGAUUGUUUGAAGAAUUAGUUGAGAAAAAGAAUAGUUUUGCAACUGUAUUUGUAGUCCAGAUUUAAAGAGCAAUCCACAUUGACUACAUAGAGACAACAAUUAUGUUGAAAUAGUGGUAUGUUGCCUGAUACUAAAAUUUAAAUUUAAAUGGAGAAAUGAGUAAAAUAGAAUGUGAAAGUAUUAAGAUAUGAAGUGAAGAUUAGAGAUAGGAUAACACUGAGAGAUAUUAG